AGGAUAUGAUAGGUUAACUGUCCAUUGACAGAAGUAGCCCUUCCGUCCAGUGAAGGGCAAGUAUUCCUCAGAGGACUGAUACUUGAGAGGUUUUAAAUAGGAGGAGGGAUGUGCUUCCUCUCUUCAGUUGACGCUAAGCUCUCGCUGCACAAACUUCAGGCAUGGAAACAUUCACCACUCCUCUGUAAGCACAUCGCAUUUCUUUCUGAAGCACUUUUUGGUGAGGCAAUGUCUGAGAGGAAGACCAAAAACUCUGACACACGUCCCAAGAACCUGCGGAGCUGGAGUGCAGACAGUUACAUCCGCAGUAUUAAAAAGCGCUCACGUGGGUCACGCCACGAGACAGCGCCCAGAGGAGAAGAAGGAGAUGGAGCGGACGAACAGACCGCUCGAUCUGCCUCCUGUCCCCGCAGACGUCGAGAGCGAAUGUGCAGCUGCACGAUCCCUGGAGAAACCGACUCUGACUCUCCCUGCAGGAAAGCCCUGUCCCGUCGCUCUCUGAGACAGAAGUUUCAGGAUGCCGUCGGCCAGUGUCUCCCUCUCCGCAAUCACCACCACCACCAUCACCACCCGUCCGGCUCCUCGCGCCCGUUCUCCGUCCUCCUCUGGUCCAAACGGAAGAUCCACGUCUCCGAGCUCAUGGAGGACAAAUGCCCAUUCUCUCCGAAAUCUGAACUAGCUCAAUGCUGGCAUCUGAUCAAAAAGCAUGGCACCAACACCAAACCUUCUCUAAGCAUCGAAACCGAAUCCAAAGGGCCCUUAUUAUCCUCCAGACCUCCAACACUCCUUUCCUGGGAGCAAAUCGGCUCCACUGGGGCUUCCAGUCUGGAUGAUUGGGAUCCUUCUUUUGCGCUUGGAGACUCCCAGUGCUGCGCUCAUACUGACUACAUCCUGGUCCCGGAUCUGCUACAGAUCAACAACAGCCCUUGUUAUUGGGGCGUCCUGGAUCGUUUUGAGGCUGAGCAGCUUUUGGAAGGGCAGCCGGAGGGAACUUUUCUGCUCAGAGACUCUGCCCAGGAUGAAUACCUGUUCUCGGUUAGCUUCAGACGCUAUAGCCGCUCCCUUCAUGCUCGGAUAGAGCAAAACGGGAAGCGAUUUAGCUUUGACGGUCGUGACCCUUGUAUGUACAGGGACUCCAGUGUCACGGGCCUGUUGAAGCAUUAUAGUGACCCGUCCACAUGCCUGUUUUUCGAGCCUCUCCUCUCUCGUCCUCUACCUAGAAACUUUCCAUUCUCUCUGCAGCACUUGUGCAGAGCGGUUAUCUGUAGCUGCACUACAUAUCAGGGCAUUGAAGCGCUACCUUUACCCUACACUUUGAGACACUUCCUUAGGCAAUACCACUAUAGAUGCAAUGGAGCAUGUGCUGUUUGAGGAUUGGUGAAAAGGGAUGAAACGUGCUGCUUGAUUUGCUGUCUACACCUCAAAGUGAGAUGCAUUGUUGUUGGACUAAUCACAAAUGGAUGACACUAAAGGGAUAGUUC